ACUAUCAAACAAAUUACACUCAAUUAAAAAGAUACAUUCAUAUUAAAUGAUCUACCAAUUAUAUUAUUAAUUUGAAACUGAUUCUACAAUAUCCUUUACUUUGAUGAAAUUAUUAAAAAUUCUUCUAUUAAGCAGCCCUAUCAGUAUUAUGGAAAACUGAAAAUUUCGAUGUGCCAACUGGUGGCAGGAAAUUGAACUACUGAAAAUAGGUCGAAUAUCCAAAUAAUCGCUAAUGUUUAAAUGGAUACGUUGUGAAAAACGAGUGUCUUUAUAUUUGUUUUAAUGCGUUUAAAUUGAUCGUUAUGAUAAGAGUCAUAUAAUCAUUUAACCAAUUAUAAAAAUUUACGCAUUAACAUUUUCUCCUAGAAGAGAUAAAAUUAAAAUACGUGGGCCGGUCAAUUAAUGUAUAUAGAAUCCAAAGAAGGCUACCCAUGAAAGUUAUAAAGCCAAUCAUUAGGUAGCUAACUAUGGUGCUACCUCCUUUGGUUACAUUAAAAAAAUAAUUAAAUGUGAUCUUAAGAGUUGAAUGAUGGGAGAAAAAAAUUUGAAACCAUGCACUGUAGCUACUUUUUUAAAAAUAAAAUACAUUCAUUUACAAUACUAAACGUGUGUAAAAACUUUGCUAAUAGAAGAAUCUUCCAGUUCCAAAUUUCUUUGAUGAGAAUCAAUGACGCAGACGUACCGACGUAGAUGUACAGUACGAAAAACCCACUCGUGACACAUACGUUUCCAUCAUUAGGAGCAAACGUGUUAAUAAUAGUAAUAAUUUAGUCCAAUUUUUAUCAAAAAUUAGGACUAGUCAAGAACUAAGAAGUUGGUUGGAAAACUUGCAUAAAGAACUCUAAAUGACCACUCGGUUAUUUAGUAUUACACAUCGAAUGACGAAAAGGUAAUUAAUCAGUGAUUUUUCCUUAUACUCUAUAUACUCUAUAAACAAAGUCAAUUUAGUAUUCCCAUAUUGGUAGAACAAUUAUAAAUAAUUUGAUUAAAGUAAAGGAUAUUGUUAAUGAUAUUGGUAGAAUUAAUUUCAAACUCUGUAUUUAAGUAUGUAUUUCUAAAUUUUCAGAUUGAUUUUAAAUAUUGCAUCAUAUGCAUUUUAAAUAAUGCGCAUAGUCAUAACGUGUCUCGUUACAACGUCGCUAAUGAAGUUUCAAAAUGUUUCAUAUAACACACAUAAUAUAUCCGUAAAGAUUUUUAUAGUAAAGUAUUCAAAUACAUUUGUAAGCUAGAAUAACAUCCUUUAUUAAUAAAGAACAGAAUAAGCUUUUAUGCAAAAUAGUAAGUUCAAUUCGGCGACCAUGUCAGAUAAAGGUAUCGCCGAUGCAUAAUGCGGACAGAAUUCUCGUACGUAAUAAAACAACCUCGUAAGAGUAAACCGGUGUAUUUUAAUCAAAGUAAUCUGAAGCAAUUAGAAAUCCCGUGAUACUUGUUACAACUGUCUUAUCAAUUAGGUGCACGACUGUAUCGUAUGACAUAAACAAUUAUUGCAAAACUGUUCUUAACGCACACAGUUCUAUACUCUUCUCUAUACUUACACUCUUCCGUACACAUACACACUAAACCCUGUGUAAACAAACGGGGUGGAUAUCAGGAAUUUUCAGAACACUCAGAUUUCUUUCCGUUCUUGCUUCCUUUCUCUUUUCUUUUCUUUUUUUGCUCGAUCAAAUUUUUCUCAACAAAAGCCUCAAGUACCUUUAACUAGAGGGAAAAGCGAAGACAAAGAAGAAGGAGGAAAAAAACAGACAGAAGUAUCUGCAAUUCAUCGAAUUUGAAAGUUGGAACUUUCAUUUACAAAGAGAAACUCGAAGGGAGAGGAACUUUAUAAAGAUCGAUUAUCGAUCAAUAAUAAAAGGUAGAAGAUUUUGUACGAGAAGGUGGAAGAAUUUCGUGAGGGUAUAAAAAGGGAAUACUCCCCGGUGGAAAGUCAUCGCCAAAAUUCGCUUGGGCGAUAAAAACGGCGAUCAAAUACCACCGAGUGUUCACCAAUGAGCGUGGCGUACGGUGGUUGCAGACGAGGACAAAACCGUGGAACACGAACAAGGAACAGAGAGUGCUAUACUUUGGCGACCGGGGUCCUCCAGAGUCCCGAAUUCUCACCGACACCACCUGACCUCAUCACUUCACGAGAGACUAACGUACAUCUCCGCAACGUAACCGCAAACCAUGGGGCUCGACUUCUUGGCAGACGGAGGUGCCGAUUUCGAGCAUGCAAUCACCGUAACAGGAUUCGGGAAAUUUCACUACAUGCUGUUGGCGGUUUGCGGUUUAAUUUAUAUGGAUACCGCCAUUGGAGUCACGAUACUUUCGUUUGUAUUACCAGCAGCACAAUGCGACCUGGAAAUGGAUUCCACCGCGAAAGGCUGGCUAACAGCAUCACCAAUGCUGGGGAUGGUGAUUGGUUCUUACAUAUGGGGGUGCCUGGCUGAUACCAAAGGAAGGAAAGUUGUAUUAAUCGCUACAUUGUUAAUGGAUGGCAUUGUUGGCAUUGCUUCUUCCUUUGUCCAGUACUUUUGGGUUUUCCUGAUAUUCCGUUUCUUUAACGGUUUCGCCGUUACCGGAGCUAUGGGAAUUUGUUUUCCGUAUUUAGGGGAAUUUCAGGCGACAAAAUAUCGCGAAAAAUGUCUUUGUUGGAUGGAAAUGUUCUGGACAGUCGGAGUCAUAGUAUUACCACUGAUAGCAUGGCUGAUCAUACCGAUGAACUUCAUGUACGUCUCGGACAUGUUCUACUUUAAAUCAUGGAAUCUCUUCGUAGCGCUGUGCGCUCUGCCCUCGAUAAUGUUGGGCCUGUGGUUGUUUGCAUUCCCGGAGAGCCCGAAAUUUCUCCUCGAAUGCGGCGAAACGGAAGCUGCCCUCGAAGUAUUUAAAUGGAUCUACUCGCAGAACACUGGAAAAGACGCUGACUCUUACCCGGUAAAAUCACUGCAAGAAAAAACCAAAGACAAAAGCACGAGGUUGUUGAAACUACACAAACGAAAGGAUCUAAAGGUGCUUUUAAAGGAAGUACGUGAUCUAACUGCUGCUCUCUGUAAAUCGCCGUACCUUAGGAACACAUUGCUCGCCUGUGGAAUUCAAUUUGGCCUUACCAGUAGUUACUACACCCUCAUGGUUUGGUUCCCAGAAUUAUUCACCAGAUUCGAACAAUUUGAACACGAAUAUCCUGGCGAAUCCACGUCGGUUUGCAUAGUAUCGUCUUUAUCGAGUGAUAAUGGAACUACAGUCCAGGAUUACGGAUGCGACACUGUAAUAGCGCCUUCCGUUUAUCUUCACACAGUUUACAUAGGACUUGCUUGUAUUCCUGGCUCCAUUAUUCUACCGAUUUUCGUGCACAAACUCGGCGCCAAGUUCUUUUUGAUCAUGUCAUUAAUGGUAUCCGGCGCUGUGACUGUCGCCUUCUAUUUUGUGGUCAAUGCGACGCAAAACCUAAUAUUAUCCUGCGUGUUCGAGGCACUGACGUCCCUCGGUAUCUCGUUGGUCUAUUGCAUAAUCGUCGACAUGUUUCCGACGAAUCUCAGAGUAAUGGCUGCAGCCCUCUCCCUUACCAUGGGUCGAUUAGGCGCGUUAGUCGGUAACUUAGUAUUCGGCUACCUGAUUGAUUUAGCCUGCGUGGUUCCUAUCAUUUUAUUCGCAGCAUUUUUAUUCAUAUGCGGGUUUAUGUCUUUCCUGUUACCCAAAACAGGUAAAGAAACCCUCGAAUAAUCGAAGAACGACUCGUCUCUUGAAGAGAAUCGAACGAUAAAAAUAUUUCCAGAAGUGGAAGUACAAUUGAUACACGUUGAGAAGGAUCGUUCUUCUAUAGGAGAAGUUCUUGACAAAAACUAGCACUGUAUUGCGAUAAUAAUGAUCGAAGAAAACGAUAAGCACUUCGAUAUCUGCGAAUGUUUCGAUUUUUAUAAGAUCGUGAAGAAUUUUUAAUAAGGAAAGUCCGUUUUUACUUCGUGCAACAACGUGUAAAUUUGUGUAAAUAUAUAAUAUUUAUUUUAUUUUGUGUAUCAUCUUAAAGAUGAUCGGAUACUGUAAUCAUAAAUUAGAUAAGAUAAUGUAAGAGCGCGGUUAACUAUGUUCGAAUUGCGCGCCAAAACGAGUUAGGUGAAUUGUUGAUAAAACGUUUACAAAUAUAAAGCCAAGAGACGCUGUUUAACGUUUAUAAUUCUUUUGUUCGAUUUAAAACACCUGUAUUCCUAAACCAAUACGAAUAAAUAUAAUUUUAACAUA